CAUCAGUAUUUUUAUACAGUGACCUCAUCUCUUAUGGCAGCGACAGGACCUCACUAACCGUCUCACAGGCUUUUCUCAAUUACUUUACCUCUUAUAUUAACCUUAUGUCUUUAAAACUCGUAUAGAUUACACCAGGCAGUGAUGCUGUUGUAAUGUGGACGAAUAAAAUGGUGCGUCUGCUGGUUUGACGUCGACUUUUGAACGGGACCUUCACUAUGAGGCCCAAUACAAGGGAGCAGAGUGAUGAUGUCAUUGAUGGCAGGUAUCUCAGGUGGACUGCAGUGUGCAUGAGCUCCUGCCCAUACUAACGCUCCUGUCACAAACACACUGUGGUACCAGUGUCUCUCUCUCUCUGGGCUGUAGCCUCGCUCUGUCUUUGGACUGAUCUGAGACUGCCAAACACCAUGACAUCAUCCCUGGCUCACAUAAUGGUGCUCUUCAUCUCCUGAGGGCCUUCGUCAGUUUGUCAUUGCACUGCACAACCAGCUGGACCAUACUGAGGGCCACUGCAACAAGAGGGGCAGCUUUUUUGGGCCCGCAGGAGGGGUGGGGGGGGUGGGACAUGUCGGGGGGUCGUGCGGCAGUUGUGAGUAGGUGCACCUUUGCAGUGGGGAUGCAGAGGCCCAGGACUGUGAGGCCCAUUGGGGCAGAGGCUUUGGUAGCUCUGCUCGAAGGUGGCCUGGAUGGAGUGGUGCUGAUCGACAGCAGGCCUUUUGUGGAUUAUAAUUCGGCGCACAUCCUGGAGGCCGUUAAUGUCAACUGCUCAAAGCUCAUGAAGAGGAGGCUUCAGCAGGACAAGGUUCAGAUCACAGAGCUGCUGCAGCACUCAGCCAAGAAAAAGUUGGAGUUACGGGGCAAUCAAGAAGUUGUUGUGUAUGAUCAAAGUUCCUCAGACCUGGCAGCUCUCAGCCCUGACUCAUUCCUUUGUGUGCUGCUGCUCAAGUUAGAGAAGACAUUUCCUUCAGUCCAUCUCCUCUCAGGUGGUUUCUCAGAGUUCUGUCAUCUGUUCCCGGGGCUGUGUGAAGGGAAAUCCACAUGUGUGCCAUCAUGUGCGUCCCAGCCCUGUCCCCCAGCCACCAGCAUUGGCCCCACUCGCAUUCUGUCUCAUCUGUAUUUGGGCUGCCAGAGAGAUGUCCUGAAUAAGGAGCUGAUGCAACAGAAUGAAAUAGCUUAUGUCCUGAAUGCCAGCAACACUUGCCCCAAGCCUGACUUCAUCCCAGACUCCCACUUUUUGCGAGUUCCCGUUAACGACAGCUUCUGUGAGAAGAUCCUGCCUUGGUUGGACAGAUCUGUGGAGUUUAUUGAGAAGGCCAAAGCUUGCAACGCACGCGUCUUGGUGCAUUGUCUGGCUGGCAUCUCACGAUCUGCUACUAUCGCCAUCGCUUACAUCAUGAUGAGAAUGAACAUGUCACUGGACGAGGCAUACAGGUUUGUGAAGGAAAAGAGGCCAACCAUAUCUCCAAACUUUAACUUCCUGGGUCAACUCUUGGACUUUGAGAAGAGAAUCAAAAGUGUCAAAGAGAACGCUGAUGAAGCAGAUAUGCCCUCCAGACUUGUGUGUGACCAAACCUGCACGCCUGGUCCUGGGGCUGCUCCUCAAACCCCCCCUCUGCCUUGUACCCUCACGGAGCCAUCUGAAGAUCGUCUGCUGGAGCACCUGAGCAAUGUGCACCUCUUUGACUGCCCAGAGGAGGGCAUCAGACUCAAACGCUCCUUCUCACUGGACAUUAAGUCUUAUGGUGAACCUCCAGGGGCCAGUGGACACAGAGGGGAUGCAGGAAGGGCAUCUGCUUUCAAAGAGACCACCAGUAAACCAUGCCAGUUCUCCCCAGUGGAGGAGGUUUCAGAGCAGUCGACCCCAGAGCAGAGCCCUGACAAAGAAGAGGCCGGAGCUCCUGAGGCAGCAGUGAAGCCCCCCAAAAACUGCAGCUCCACGCUUCAGCGCAGCGGUAGUGUGGAGGACAGUGGGGGCCGUGUGGUGUUUAAGGGCAGCCCAGGCGGUGCUCUAAAAGGCUGGCACUCAGACAUUCUGCUGGGCCCUGUCACUGUGUCCACGUCCUCUCUGGCCGGCAGUUGGUUUCUAUCAUCAGAGUCCACGCGGUUUUACUCCACGUCAGCCAUUUUGACUGGCGGUGGAUUUGCCUACAACUACAGCCACGGCCUGGAGGCGGUGCAGCGCCGCAGUCGCCAAAGGACUGGGGAUUGUGGAGACUCACGCCGCAGUUGGCACGAGGAGAGCAAUUUUGAGAAGCAGCUGAAGAGGCGCAGUUGUCAGAUGGAGUUUGGGGACGCGAGGACAGACAGCCGCUCUCGAGAAGAAAUGGUCAAAGUUGGAAGUCAGUCGAGCUUUUCCGGAAGCAUGGAGGUGAUCCAGGUGUCCUGAAGCUAUUGGCGUGGCAAUACAAGAGAGUCGACGACUUCUCACAAACAAACAAUUACACCAACUAGCUGCUUCGCAACUUUAUCUUUUACGUUUAGAAAUACAGCAGUUUCACUUGAGUACAAGCAUCAUAAUUACAAAUGAAGAUGUAAAAAUUGAGUGUAUAAUCAUGAUGUAGCCUCAUAAUAAAAGCAGCAUUCAAACUGCAGUGUUGUUCCACAUAAUAGCAGCAGUCCAACAUUAAUUGCAGAAAAGAUUUGGUAGAAAUCAUAUUUUCCAACAGCCAUGGCAUGCAAGGUGUGUUUAUUACAGAAAAUAUGUUUUGUGUAAAACCAGUGUUUUCAUUUAAUUUUUUACAAACUGAAAAAAGUUCAGUUUUACUACCGCCUUUGAGUAUCUCUUGUGGCACCUACAAAUAGACAUUUCAUCCCUGGACAGUCACCUGAAACUUCACCCCACGUUAUAAUGGAAUUUAAAUCUGGGGUUGGCUCUCUAUUCUUCAGUCUUGAUUUGGAAUCAUGAACGAGGUCUUUUAUUGGUGUUUAUGGCUAAUUUUAAGGGUAUUUCCUCUUCAGCAUUAUGUAACAUGACAUCCCAAUUAAUAAGAAAAGCAUGUCAUGACUUUUGGGUUCAGUGGUUUUCGAUCUGACUAUUACUUCCACUUGUAUUAUGUCAUUUGCCAUGUAGAAAAAUGGCAUCUACCAAAAAUAGGGACUUCUGCUUUUGUUGGACUGCCAUCACAUUGAACAAUGCUGCUUUUUCUGAUGACCUCUGACCUUGUGAAUGUGAUGAAACCAACAGUGGAUGUGAAGAGCCUCUGAAUGUUUUGAAUCUCUACAAAACACUACAUUUCUACAGCAACAAAAGCAACUACAGACCAAGAGACCAAGGUGUUUUUCAUAUUUGUACUAGUCCAUUGUGUUACCAGUAGGUUUGACAGAGCGACAUGUUCCGGAGAACAGAGGCUAUUACGAGUGCUGGAGAGACAUUCACAGUUUAAUCUUUGCACUAUUUGUGGGCUGAGGAACCUGGUUAAUAGUGUGUUUGUGUUGUUGAUGCAGCCAUACUUCAGGUUUGAAGAUGUGAAUAUGGAUAAUAUAGACUCUUUAUUUUUUAGUAAAAUUGUUGAUUUAAGCAACAGAUUUGUGGAUGUGUGUUUUAAUAAUGACAGUUGAAUUAAAUUAGAAAGUUUGUUAA